AAAUCGGUAAAUAUGACAAAAAGAAGACAUUCUCAUCUCUCCCCUUCAUUUUGUGUUUUUAAUGUAGCAGUCAGCAAAGAGUUAAUUUACAUUUUAUUAUAUUCUUUAUUAAUUUGUUAUAAAAUUAGUGUUUGAGUUAAAUAAAUAAAGCGUAUGCGUGUAGAUCGGAUUAAUGAAGUACUUUUUCUUUUUUUUCUCCCAUUUUUGAGGUGAUAAUUCAUUUGAAGUAUGCAAUCGUAAUGUCUUCACUUGCACAGUUUAUACUGUGUGUUUACUUUCUCUAAGUUUUGAGAUCUUCUGUAUAAUGAGCCGAAGCCGGAGUAACGCUCAUUAUGAUGGAAAAAUUGCAGGUUUAUAUGAUUUGGGAGAUACUUUAGGACGCGGCCAUUUUGCCGUAGUUAAGUUGGCAAAGCACGUAUUUACUGGGGAGCAGGUCGCUGUAAAAGUUAUCGACAAAACAAGGCUAGAUGAAGUUUCGAGGGCUCACUUGUUUCAAGAAGUUCGUUGCAUGAAAUUAGUACAACAUCCGAAUGUAGUACGCUUGUAUGAUGUCAUAGACACCCAAACUAAGUUAUACUUAAUUUUAGAAUUAGGCGAUGGAGGUGAUAUGUAUGACUACAUUCUCAAACAUGAGAAUGGCGUGGACGAAGAGACUGCGAAGAAGUAUUUUCGGCAAAUAGUUCAUGCCAUUUCAUACUGCCAUAAAUUGCAUGUAGUGCACAGAGAUCUUAAACCUGAAAAUGUUGUAUUCUUUGAAAAACUUGGUAUGGUGAAAUUAACUGAUUUUGGAUUUAGCAAUAAGUUCUGUCCUGGCCAAAAAUUGGAAACUUCGUGUGGCUCACUUGCAUAUUCAGCUCCUGAAAUAUUGCUUGGAGAUUCUUAUGAUGCCCCUAAAGUUGAUGUCUGGAGUUUAGGAGUCAUCCUGUAUAUGCUUGUAUGUGGUCGAGCUCCUUUUCAAGAAGCUAAUGACAGUGAAACGCUUACCAUGAUUAUGGACUGCAAAUACCAUGUUCCAACUCAUAUAUCUGAAGAUUGUGUGAGGCUCAUUGGAGAGAUGUUGAUUAGAGACCCGGAUAAAAGAUCAUCUUUGGAGCAAAUAGCUAAUGAUCCUUGGUUGAAUAGCGGAGAUGCAAUCCAGCCUGCUGAUCACUUGCCUUUGAUUUCAAGAGAACAUCUCUCAGACGAAGAUCAUGCUCAUAUUGUACAGAAAAUGGUUAAUGGAAACAUUGCUUCAAAAGAAGAAAUAAUUGAAGCUCUUGAUAAGAAUGAGUAUAAUCACAUCACAGCAACAUAUUUUCUUCUGGCUGAAAGAAAGCUGCGAGCCCAACGUCAAGAAAGAGCCCAAAUGAUUAACAGCCGAAUUUCUAGGACAGAUUUAUCACCAGUUGCACUCACACCCAGUGUAUCAUCCGCUGUACCCUCUCCUGCUCAAGAAAAACCGGUUACUUCAGUCGAAGGAUUAUUGUCUCCUUGUUUCCCGUCCAAAUCACUGCAAAUGCCCGAUUUUACCCCACGCUUGGGGUUGAACGAUGCUGUUCCACGUUUUUCUGCCGAAACUUUUGCCAGUACUAUUCCUUUUCAAAGAAAGUGUAGCAUUGUUCGAGAAGAGGAAGAUGCAUGUAGCACUGCCAGCGGAGCCUCAUCUCCUGCCAAAUCACCAUCAAAUGAGAAUAAAAACCUUCGGGAGCAACUAGCAAAGUUAGAAGAGGAUAAUGACGAAACAUCAAGCCAGUGUUCCAGUGCGUCUGAGAAAAAGUCAUCCCCAAGACCAUCUUUUUCUUUGCCAGUACCCAAUAUUUCUACUUUUUCACCUGUAAUUGAGAGUUCCAAACCAGUGGUAGAAUCAGUUCUUAAAAGUACUGGUCCAAAUCGAAGGUUGCAUUCUGUCCAGAGUUCACCCCAGCUACCUUUAAAUGAAGUCAAUGAAGAAAAGGAUUGUGCAGAAAGAGCAGUUUCUUUACGACUGGCAGCUAUAAAAAAGAAAUAUGUUGGCAAAUUGCAAGGGCGUAGUACAGUCACAUCUCACGUACGAAUGAGAAUGUUUGAAUUUCAGCAUAGGAAAGAGAAGCUAGAUGGCACGUCAAACCAGGAAGAGUCCCCAGAAAAGCGACAUGCUCUUUCUUGUGAGAAAGAGUUUAAAAAUGAUUGCAUGAGUAAGGAAAAGAAUUGCUGUUCACAAAGUAAUUCUGCUAAAGAGUCUUCUAAAGAACUUGAAGAUCCUGGACGUUGGAAAGCCUCGACUUGUAGGAAACAGAAAAAAGCAUCAUUCACUCACUCCGUUUAUUCAACAGAAAGUACCGACAGUUUAGAUUUUCUUUCGGAAGGUCAGCCGCGCUUGACCAACUCAAUGAGUUGUGGGGAUCUGUCAGCAGAUACUGGUCAUUUUUCUUCUCAGGAAAAAUGUUCUGUGGUUAGAUCUGAUAGUAUUUCACUUACGGAAAUUCCGCAAGCUUCCUCCUGUGAACUUGUGGAAGAGAAAUCUCAUCCUAAACUUUUCCCUGAUAGUACAUUCAAUAGGUACACAUCAUCCAUUGGUAAUAGUGUUAGUUUAAACAGUGGGUUGAGUUCUUUGCAAAGGCAUAAGUUAAAUCUUAAAAGCGACCACCAUAGCUCACAUCCAGACAAAAUCUCUGAUAAAAAUGGGCGAACUUCUACUCUAGGACGGUUAGUUUACUCAGGUAGCCGGUCUGCCAACAAGCAAAGGCUCGACAUCAACCAGAAUGGUUGGAAAAAGAAUGAGCGCAAGAAAGAUCUUUCUGGUAGUCGCAAAAGCAGAGGGAGUCAACAGGCCGUUGUUGAUAUGAAAUUAGCCUCAAAAUGUUGUACUCUAUGUUAACAAAUAUUUAUAUUGUUAUGUUGAUGAUCUGUACAAUGAACAUUUUUAAUGUUGGCUCUCUGUGUGGUAGAGUCUUCCGUGAGAGUGUUGUAAAAUUAACCCUGUACAUAUGAUCCUUCUUCCUGUAAAAUAUGUUGAAAAAGAGCUCAAAAUGCUUCGUUAUUUAUUGUUUUUAUAGUCAUCUGUAGUGUGGUUUUUAAUGAAUUGUAGAAUUUCAUUCUUUUUAACUGUGACUAUUGCUUUUACUUCUGUUAUAUCGACCAUAUUUCUUACACUUGUCAAAUGGAGGCCAGGUGUCAUUUUAUGUGAAAAAUAAAAAUAAAAAUUUUGUCGUAUGAGUGGGUUGAUUUUUACUUUUUUUAAAAAUUGAAAUUGCCUGUGGUGGGAAAAGUUGUGUAUUGACAUGAAAUGUUAGUAAAAAAAAUUGAAUUGCAAUCAAAAUAUAUUUGUCAUUCACAUAUAUGAUACAAAUAUUUUUGCUCAGUACUAAGUCUAUUAAAGGCAGAUCAACAGCAAUUUUUCUGAACUUCACAAUCGAUAGUUGCUCAUGUGUAUCAAUAAGUUUCCCUAUAAAACCACAAUAUGUAAAAGGACUUGUGUUUUCACCUAGAUAAGGGUGGUAAAUAUGACUUAAUAUUAUUUUUGUUCACAAACAAAGACAAAGCACAACUUUGAAAUUCUUACUUCUGCAGUUGAUUAGAAGUUUUGAUUCAUAAUAAAAAAUGAUAUAUUUUAUAAAAUGCACCAUUUAGAGAAAUUAAAUCCAGCCCUGUUGAGGUCUUAAAUAUCGUAUAAUAUCAAAAUAUUUUUUUCGUGAAUAAGGAAUCUUACUAGGCAACUAUUUUCUCUAGUUGAUUACAAAAAUUUAAAUGUGAAAAAUAAAAAUAUUUUUUAAGAAAAUAUUAUUCUAUAUUUUAUUAUAAAAUAUAAAAAUAUUUUAUAAUAAAAUAUUAAUUAAUUUAAAGAUGCUGACAGAGGGGGCAAAUUUGAUUUAGAAAUAGAACAAUUUUUUUAACAAACAUUUGAUGCCAAUACACAAUUUUUUCCACCACUGGAAAUGUUGAUUUUUGAAAAAAAAGUAAAAAUAGACUCAUCCUAGUAUCUAAUUUUAAGAAGUGCAUUCUACCAUAAAGAGAUUAAUCUCACUAGCUUUACACUAUAAAACGUUUUUACAUGUAUUUCUGUUCAGUCUUCUAUUUUGAAAAAAUCUAGAUUUGUCAGCAAAAGUUUUAUUUGUAGUAUUAUAUAAAUGAGAAACAAUCUUUGUAUGAAAAACAAUCUUUGAAAAUUUUCAGUGUGUUAAGUUUCAAAGUGCAUUUAGUAAAAAUAGUCAAAUGAGUAACCUUAGCUUCACUUUUAUCUAUAACUUAAAAUGCCAAGAUGCAUGUAGUUUAUAUAAAUAUUGGAAGCUUAUAGUUUUCUCUGUGAUUCUAGUGUCAGAAAUUAAUAUAUUUUAAAUUUUGCGUAUUGCAGUUGAGGAACACAUUAAAUAAUAAUUUUUGAGUGUUUUUGGAAUAAAAAUUGGUUUUAAGUGCAUUUUGCAACAAUAGUCGACAAAUAUCCUUUUCUUUACGCCUUCCAAUUAAAACACAAAGACUGAGAAUGUCUUGUAAUUUUCCGAAUUGGAAGUUGACUGACAAAAAAUAAAUGCAAGGUAUUCUACAAAGAAACUUUUUAAGCUUAUUAACUCCUAUUCACUUCAUCGUUUCAGUUCUAUUUACAUUCAAAUUUUUAAAUAAUUUAUCGUUUCAUUUUCACUAAUAUAAAUUCGUUAAAUUUAGAUAUAUUUUUUUUUUAGAAGAAAGCCAGUUAGUUGAAUCAACUUAUAUAAUAAAUACUGUUAUAUAAGUCUUGUUUUACUGUGUAUAUUUUUCACUAAAUAUUAGUUGUGAGUAAUUCAAGUUGAUUAUAAUCUGAUUUGUGGCAUAAUAACUUACUGACAAGGCAAUUUUCAAAAAUUUUACUGUUAAUUAUUGCUUUUAAUUUUCCUGAAUAAACCAUAAAAUUUUUACUAUGAACUUAAAGUGUUUUUUCUUUCAGAUAUUUCAUAUUUUAACUUCAAAAUAAUGGGUUAAUAUUGCUAGUUAUAUAAUAUUUUCCAUAUGUCAUAAGUUAAUUCUUUCAAUGUGUGCGUGCUAGAACUAUUUCCAAAUUAUACAUUUGAGUAAGUUUAAAAGUUGAAAAAUGCUGACACAUCUACAUUUUUAUGAAUAACGAGUAUAUAAAAUGACACUUACUUUGCUUGAAUGAUAUGGCUUCUUUGAAAAGUUAAAGUUGUGGUUGAUACAAACAACUACUACCUUUUAUUUUUUCAAAUCUGUUGUGGCAAACUGUGAACAAUAAAUAUUUUAGGGGACAUCCCAGUAGCUCUACUAGUCAGUUGAGUGAUUUGCUCGCAAAUUUUUUCAUUGAUGGUUAAAACAAAAGUCUAUCAGUUGUUUCAAAUCAAGAUCUGUAAAAUUGUAACAAGAUAUCAUUCUUAUAGUGAUCUGAAAUGCAAAUAAAAAAAGCAGGCUAUUCAUCUUUGGUUAUAAUAAAAUGGUUUUGCAGAUGGUCAGAUCAAUAGCAUAUUGUUUCCUAAUUUUCUGUUUUGUGAAGCCUUAUUUUCAAAUUUUGUAAAACUUAUUUACUAUCAAAUUUGAUGAUAAAUGAUGAUUGUUUGUUAACUGCAAAUGAAAUUUUGUAAAUUGUUUUACUCUUGGUUUCAAUAAUAUCGAUAAUAUAUAUAUAUAUAUUUUUAAAUAAAAAUACUAUAUAAGGGUUUGCGUAUAAAAAGUUUUUUUUUUUUUAAUGAUUAAAAUUGAAUAGGAAGUUUUUCUUUUGUAGUAUUUUUGUUUCGUAACACAGUCAUUGUUUUUACACCCCAAUUUAACUAUGUAUCUUUAAAAUUUUAGUAAAAUAACUGAAUACUUAUUUAAUCUUUUUAUUUCAAUGAUAAAUUAAAUUUAUUAAUCUCCUAUUUCUUAGGUUUAUGUAAACAAGCAUACUUAUAAUUAAAUUUUUAAACAGUUUUAAUAUUCACUUUGUUAGGGAUUAUUUAAACCAUCAGUUCCCAAAUGGUAUUUUGCGGAACCUUAGGGUGCUGUGGAAAGGUCGCAGGGUUUCUGUUAGAACCUUUUUUUCUACUUUAAUUAGUAAUGAUUUUUGAAACCUAUAAUAGGUUUUAUCUAACCAAUAAUCCAUUAUUUAUUUAAUAUUAAGAUUAUUCUUAUGAACUUAUUUGUGUAAAAUUGCAAUACAAAUGAAAUAACAAAUUUUAAAAAUUAUAUUUCUUCCAACAACAAUAUAUUGAAUAAAUUGCUAAAAAGAUAUGUAUUUAUAAAUUGCAUUAAUAUUUCUUAUCAAACUUUGAAAUUCAAAAUAAAUUAACCAAAGUCAAGAAUAACGAAUUAAUUUUAUCUAUUAACCAUUCUCGCAGUUUAAUGUUCUUCAAAAACUAUAAUUCACCUUAUUUUAUUCAAUUUCAAUUUUCUACAAUUAUUAUUAUUUUGUCUUUUUUAGCAUAUUUACACCUGUUACAAACAUUUUUUAAAUUUUUUUUUCUUUUUUAGCAGGUUAUUCAAAAACAGGAUAAUUUUGUAUCAAUAAGAAAUAGUUUGAGUAUUAUUUAUUAAUAUUAUUGUUAGUUUUACUUUGUUAAUAAUCAACUGACAUAUCAUUUUAUCAAUGUUUCUCUUAGUUUCAUUCAAGGUAGUAACAAGAGAUGAGAAGAAGAAAAAAAAAUCUAUGCUUCAAAUGAAUGUUUUGUGAGUGAUUUAUUAUAAUUUAACACUAAAUUAAAUCAAAUCUAAAUUUUUUCCAACAAAGUUUUAUUUUUAAGAAUAUUCCAAAUUUUUAUGAAUAGAGAAUUCAGUCUUGAUAUUUUACAAAGCUUUACUGAAUAUUUGCAGUGCAAAUUUGUACUUAAUUUUUUCUUUAACUCUAGUUAUCUGAUGGCAGUAGGUCUUAAAAAGCCAUUAUUUCACAAGUUUAAUUAUUUAUAUUUGCUACACACACACACAAAACGUAUAAUUUGCUUGGUUUGUAUUUUUAAAAAAAAAUUAUAACAGUUAUUGUUUAAAUUUAAGAUACUUUGUAUACCAAUUGUAACGAAACUUAGCUGGACUAGUUGAUAGUUCAACAUGCAAUUAAGUCCUAUAUAACUAAAUUUAAAUCAGUGCUACUCUGUUGCUAAUUAUUUGACUCAAACUGAUUAAAACGUUUAUUUUUAUAUAUACUUUUUUGUCACAGAAAUUAGUUUAGCUUAACGGAGAUAAUCUGAAAUCUGUUAAAAUGUAUAUCAGUUAUAUAUUGAAGAUAUUGUACCCUUUGACAUAGAUGACACACCAGUAUCUCUUUUAUAUAUAUGUUUUUUCUGAUGCUCCAAUUACAGGCAAAAAUAAAUUUUGGUAUUUUUUAAUUAUAAAAAA